AUGGCCGAUCAGGACGUGGAUCUGGAUUCUAUCAUUGACAGACUGCUGGAGGUGAGGGGCAGCCGACCUGGAAAGCAAGUCCAACUUUUGGAAUCGGAAAUCCGCUAUCUUUGCACAAAGGCGCGGGAAAUUUUCAUCUCCCAGCCUAUCCUGCUUGAGUUGGAGGCACCUAUCAAGAUUUGCGGUGAUAUCCACGGUCAAUACUACGAUCUUUUGCGUCUUUUUGAAUACGGCGGCUUCCCACCAGAGGCCAACUACCUCUUCCUCGGAGACUACGUUGACCGUGGAAAGCAAUCACUUGAGACAAUAUGUCUUCUCCUUGCCUACAAGAUCAAAUACCCCGAAAACUUCUUCAUCCUACGUGGAAACCACGAGUGCGCGUCCAUCAACCGUAUCUACGGUUUCUACGACGAGUGCAAGCGGAGGUAUAAUAUUAAACUAUGGAAGACUUUCACAGACUGCUUUAACUGCCUACCUAUCGCCGCUAUCAUUGAUGAGAAGAUAUUCACCAUGCACGGUGGUCUGAGCCCUGACCUUAACUCCAUGGAACAGAUUCGCCGUGUCAUGCGUCCCACUGAUAUUCCCGACUGCGGUCUCCUCUGUGACCUCCUGUGGUCCGAUCCUGACAAAGAUAUAACCGGCUGGAGCGAGAAUGAUCGAGGUGUUUCCUUUACGUUCGGGCCAGAUGUCGUAUCGCGAUUCCUACAGAAGCAUGAUAUGGAUCUGAUAUGCCGUGCACACCAAGUCGUUGAAGAUGGUUACGAAUUCUUUUCAAAGAGACAAUUAGUCACACUAUUCAGUGCUCCAAACUACUGUGGAGAGUUCGAUAAUGCUGGUGCAAUGAUGAGUGUAGACGAGAGUUUAUUGUGCUCUUUCCAGAUUUUGAAACCAGCAGAGAAGAAACAAAAGUACGUUUACGGGGCAAUGAGCUCAGGCCGACCCAUCACUCCUCCGCGAAAACAAAAGAAGAAGUAA